AUGGUGAGGCGACGGGCUUGCGAUGGAUGCUCUCUGCGUAAAACCCGGUGCAGUGGCCGACGGCCUUGUCCACCCUGUGUCCGCUCGGGAUUUGAAUGCUCCUACCUGAAACCAGUGGCAAAGCCCGGACCGAAAGGUCCACGCGCUGAGACCUACACACAGAUCAAUAAGCGCCUUCAGAGCCUGCGAGAGCGAGCUGGCCGUUGUGCAACAGAAAUCGCAUCACCCGCCAAUGUAAGAGCAGGAUUGGCGGAGGUGACCGACUCAUCCAGGGUGACACUAGCUUAUGAUGUCGCCGUUACCGAACAGAUGCCGCUACUGACUGAUGCAUGGCCAUCGCACCUGCCCCUGGCAGGUGUCCUGGCUCACUUGCAAACCUACGAGCAGAGGAUGUAUCCCGUCUGGCCUGUGGUUGACACUGCUCGCCUUCGCAAUUCCCUCAUACUGGACGUGAACAAUCUUGAAUUACGCGCUUUAGCCUUUGCAGUAUGCGCAGCGACCUGCGCUCAGUUGCAUUGCCACUCGGACAAUCAUGCGACGCAAGGAAAUGCAGAGGGAAAGUGUGCUAUGGCGGAUGACUUUGCGAAAGAGUCAGAUCAUUGCCGCACGAUGUAUGAUUACCGGGAAAGUGGCACUUUUGAGGCAGUACUGGUGCCGCUGUUCCUUCACUUUUACUACGGUGCGAAGAAAAAGAUACCGACCGCUUCGCUCUUGCUCCGAGAGUCUGUGACAUCGUGUCAGCUUCAGGGAUUAGAUAAGGAAGAUACCUAUCAAGAUGUAGCCCCAGAAGAUGAGCGGUAUAGGCGAAGGGCGUUCUGGCUCCUCUAUGUGACCGAAAGGGGUCACGCAAUUCAGCAUGGAAUUAAUACCUGUCUACGAGACUCCAUACGGCCACCAACGCGCGAUCGCUCGGACGAACUCCCCCUUGUUGAAGCCUUUGACCGUCUGGUGGGUCUAUUUAUUGCCGUGGAAGGUGUGCUUCUCGAUCGCGGUGGCUCCAGUACCAUCAUGUGCAGUAAGGAGACGCUCUGCCGGCUACAGAGUCACCUCCGUCAGCGCCUCCAGUGGCCUACGGCAUACCAUGCAUUACAGAGAACGGAUAUUGCUAUUACCCAACAGUGGCUACGCAUAUUACUUUGGCAGCUGUCUUUAAAGAAUAUUUUCCUCUCCAGCGCUUCGGCUGAUGAGAGUAUGAGAUUGACCUACCCAGUACAUGUGGCAAGAGACGCGAUCGUGUACAUCUCUAACGUGCCCCAGGAGACAUUUGUGGCACAUGGUCCCGGGAUGGUGGGUGACUAUAUAUACCACAAUGGCAUACCCUAA